AUGGCGACCAUUGCCCCUGCUCGAGACGAUGCUGAGGGCCUACCUUUGAAAUGCUGCUGUGGCUCAGCCGAGUGUGUCUUCCUCAGGCACAGCAACUCCAUUCUGGACAGCGUCGAGAAGGAUGUGCACACGGCAGCGCGCAUGGGACAGGCGCUACUGGCACGUCACGAAUCGUACAUGGCCGACGCAGAACGAGAUCGCUUGGAGCUCACGACUAGGAUCGAACAGUUGGAGAUGGACAACAAGGACCUGGAGGCCAAGAACGCCAGGACGAUCGAGGAGAACAGGACAUUGCUGGAUCAUCUAGAGUCACUCAACACAACAGUGGCCGACUCGGAAGGCCGUAUCAAGUCCCUCGAAGCGACGCUGUUAUCCUCGCAGCAGAUAAUACGGCGCUUGGAGGGAGAAACGGCUAGGGCCGAGUCUCUUGAGCGUCAGAUCGCAUUUCUCGAACAAGAGCAGGAACAGAUACAAAACACACUUGCAACAACACACGAAGAGGCGCGGUCGUCCAUGGCAAGAUGGCAACGUGCGGAAAGAGGAAUAAUAGACUUGCAGGAGGAGCUCGAAAGGAUGGAGCGAGAGGGCCGAGAAGAGCGCGAACGGCAUGCCGAGGUGGUUGGGCGCAUGGAGAAGCAGCGCGAAGUUGAGAAGGAGUUGAAUACAGCGGCUGGGCGACUCAAGGGUGCCGCAGCGGCGAAGACGAUGAACCACGGAAAGGAGGGCGCGAAUGUUGUGUCGCACUUUGUGCGCGACUUGCUGCAGGACAACACGAGCCUACAGCAGGGUAUUAUGGAAUUAAGGGAAAUGCUCAUGAACUCGAACGACGAGAUACAAGCACUCCGGGAGCAACUUCAAUACCACCAGCCUGCCGAGAACGGGAACGAAAACACUGGUUCUACGCCAAACCUAAGAGCCGAGUUGGAGUCGAAAGAUCCGCCGGAGAGGCCUACCCAGGCUGUUUCUCAAGAGCUCCAUAUCCAUCACCACUACCAUGUCACACCUAAACCCGAAACCAAAAAACCAAGGAAGAAACGACAAGUCCUUUCUCCCGGUGCCUUUACCCCCUCGGCACUACAUCAAUCUCAUCCUUCGACACCUCCGACCCCCAAUUGGCGGCCACCAAUCUCGACUCGUACACCGCGAGACUCACUAAUGUCUAAUCGUUUUUCUAUCAUGUCGGAGCAAUCUUCCGAGUUUGCAGCUUCAUCGGCUCCCAGCUCGCCCCAAUCCAAUCCUCGCAACUCGCUGUUCGACCACGGGUCUAUAGACUCCUGGCCAGCCUCGCCAGCCACUAGUGUCGACCCAAUGUCGCCGACAUGGCGGGGCCACAGGAAACAGCCAUCCAACAUGUCGGCACGAAGCUUUCUGGUUCCAACGGCCUUCUCGUUGGAUGCCCCGAGCCAUACUCAUACUAUUAUGGAAGAGGGAGAAGGCCAGGAAGACAUGCCAGAUCUAGGCGUUGUCACAGAUGAAUCCGCUGCAGACGAUGAGACCUCUUCAAAGGGACUAGGCACCGUCACUGAAGAAGUGGAGAUAUUCAUGGGUGACACAGAUUCUGACUCGGACGCACCGAGACGUCUAAGGAGGGCAUUAUCGCACGAAUCAAUCAUGUCGCUGUCUGGGGGACUUGAUAUUCAUACAUUAAAGUCGCGGCCCAGUCAGCUCACACUACGUCACAUCAGUAAUGCGACCUCACUCACAGCGAGCAGUACUAUCACCGCCAGUCCGAUGCUAUCCCGAGAUUCUGCCAAGAGAAGCAGUCAUAUACUGCGCGAAAGUUACGGAUUAUCACCAUCAUCGGUAGGAAGUCUACGGUCUGUGUCCGGCCCACUAUCCUCUUCCCAGACAAGUACGUCGAAGCUCAGUUCUUGGGUUGGUUGGCGGCCCUGGAAAGGCGGUGACGUAGGAUCAAGCACACCUGCCAAAUCCAGAGAUAGGCAAUACUACCAGGACUAUGGACGGUCACCUGGUAUUAAUCAGGCUGGCGCUAUACCUGGGUUCCAGGAAUACCUGGCCUCGCGCCAGAAACGGGACCCAGGCAAAGUCAUGCCCGACCAGGUGGAUGUGGACGCGUUGAGAGAAGGCCUGGCUGAAUAG